AGGUCAUAUUUUCACCUGUGGUUCUUAACCAGAUCUUAUCUGCUUAUUUACCACAGAGACCACACGUACGUAUUUGGCCACAAUGGAGUUGCUUCCGGUUGCUGCGCUGCUGUUCUGUGUAGUAACUCUAGCUUAUGCUGAUGGCCCGCAGUGUUUUUCCUGCUCGUUCGUGUCCCGUCUAGAGUUCUGCGACACCUACACACAAUGUACAGAAGGGGAGAAAUGCCUCGUCCAAAAAAUAAAAACACAUAACAGUCAUGACCAAUUCACUUCCGGUUGUGUCAACAAUCAGAGCUGUUCUUUAGGUGACGACUUCCAUUCCUCCUUUGGUGAUUCCACUGCGUAUGGCCAGGUGUCGUGUGUGGAGUGUUGUGAUGGAGAUAUGUGUAACAACAAGGGCUGUGGUGAUCCUGGGCCGGUUGCACGUGACUCACGUGGACCUUACUGUUAUCAAUGUCAGCAUAUGUCGGACCCUACAGAGUGUGAGAGGCUCACCAUCUGCAAUCCUAACGAGGUUUGCAGCAUUGACGAAUCGGUUUCCUUCGGACACCAAUUUACAAGUGGAUGCAAACGAAAAGUGGAAUGUACAGGGGAGAACAUCAUUUUCGGCCGAUCUUUGGAUUUCAGGCCACGGGCAUUCCAACUCUGUCACACGUGUUGUUCUAACGACUUCUGCAACAGAGACUGUCAGCACGUGCACGAACAUGAUGUGGUAUCAUGGACGGACUGGGGUUCUUGGAGCUCAUGUUCAGCGCAGUGUGCUCAGCAAGGGACACAAAACCGGGCCCGAUUCUGCAGAAGCCCACAGGGAGAUAUAUAUUCUAAAGGCUGUGACGGAAGUGCCACAGAAAUCCGGAACUGUGCGAUUGGUCUUUGUACAGGAUGUGCUGAGCUGUAUGACAGUGGAGUCCGAAUUUCCGGUCUUUACACUGUUGCCCCCGCUAGAGAUGACCGGACCUUCCGGGUUGUCUGUGACAUGCAAGAUAUGAAACGAAAUGGAGGUUGGACUGUCCUACAGCAUAGACAUGAAGGGAGCGUCAACUUCUCCCGAAACUGGGCUGAUUAUGUCUCAGGAUUCGGGGAUCUGCAAGGGGAUUUCUGGCUUGGACUUGAAUACAUUCAUAUGUUGACGUCUCAGGGUGUCCAACUCAUCAUAGACAUGGUGUCAGAAGUAGGCGAACUGUAUCGUUAUACAUACGAUGAUUUCAGUGUACUAAACGCCAGCACGUCUUAUCGAUUAUCUGUAGGCAACGACACGUCAGUGAAUUGUACGAGAGGUGGAUAUGGUCUCCAACUUAACAAUGGACAUCCAUUUGCAACUUACGACAAACCGGAUGUGAAUAACUGUUCAACCGGAUUCACUACACACGAACCGGUUUCCGGCUGGUGGUUCUGGAGCUGUACAUUUUUCAAUAUAAACGGACAAAUAGGUCACCCUAAUUAUGAAUGGGGGAUGGCUUUAGAUUGUCAGGGAGUAACAGUCAUGUUAAAUCAAACAACAAUGAAAAUAAAGUAAAAAUAUCAUCAUAGAAAUGUUUUCAUUAAUUUUCCG